AUGGAGGAAUACAUCCAGGAGGCUCUCACUCUGGAAUUUAUUCGACCCUCUUCCUCCCUGGCUGGUGCUGGUUUCUUCUUUGUGGGGAAGGAGGACAGUCAAGGUGGUCUAGAACUGGCCCAGACGGACUUCGGUCGCCUGGUCCAGUGCUUCCUGGGCUUCGCCCAAUUUCUUCCGCCGAUUUUUGUGGGGCUUGAUGGCCGACUGCACCCAUGUGCCUACUACUCCCACUGUCUAUCCCCUGUGGAGCAGAGUUAUGACGUUGGAGACGGGGAGCUCCUGACCAUGAAGCUGGCUCUAGAAGAGUGGAGGCAUAGGCUUGAGGGAGCGGAACAGCCCUUUCUUUAUUGGCAAUAUUAUAAGAAACAGGAGCGCACAGUCACAGUGAACUGUGACAACAAUGUUGGCACCCUCCUGCUGGUAGAACUAGAGGCCACGCCAGGCUUUCGUUAUUUCCGUAAGGACUGGUUCUGUGCCAAGCUGGUGGUGACCACACCUGAAGGAGAUGAAGUCGUCUUCCCCUGUUACCAGUGGCUGGACAGCAAAAAGCUAAAAGUCUAUCUCCGGAACAGUGUAGCUACACUUGUCCAGAAGGAAACGGAAAUUGCCCUCCACUUCCAAAGGCGACAGGAGCUCAAGGAGAGGCAGCAGAACUUCAGAUGGAGGGAAAAUUUUGAGUUACCCUCCAGCAUUGAUGCAGAUUCAGCGUCUGAUUUGCCGAGUGAGGUCAGAUUCUCAUUCACUAAGGACAUGGAAAUGAAGUUCACCGCUGUGAAAGUACUGGCUGAGCUGAAGCUUGAGAGUUUGAUAGGCUGUUCAGAAUCAUGGCCCAGUUUCAAACAACUUCAAUCAAUCCUCCCUCACCCCAAACCCAACAAGGCUGGAGCUUACGUCCAGCAGCACUGGCAGGAAGACGAGUUCUUCGGCUAUCAGACGCUCAAUGGAUUGAACCCCAUGCUGAUUGAGCGCUGCACCAAGCUGCCCAGCAAUUUUCCCGUCACUGAGGACAUGGUCAGAUCUUCUUUGAAAGGAAGCAGUUUGGAGACGGAAAUGAAGAAUGGAAAUAUCUUCCUCUGUGAUUAUAAACGCCUGAGCGGAUUUAAGGGAAGUAUGAUUGAUUGGAAACAGCAGUAUCUGGCUGCUCCACUCUGCCUGCUCUACAGCACCCCUGAGAAAACUCUCAAACCCAUCGCUAUACAGUUGCACCAGAAGCCGGAUAAAAACAACCCCAUCUUCCUGCCCACUGACUCCGAGUGGGAUUGGCUCUUGGCAAAGAUCUUUGUGAGGAAUGCAGAAUUCCACGAACAUGAGCUCAACUUCCACCUGCUGCGUACUCACCUGCUGGCCGAGGUUUUCACCAUCGCAACUCUCCGUAACCUGCCAUCAGCUCACCCGCUGUACAAGCUCCUGAAGCCCCACACUCUCUACACACUGCAGAUCAACAUCAUGGCCAGAAACCUGCUGAUCUCACCUGGAGGAACUUUCGAAAAGUAUACUUCAAUAGGUGAUGCAGUCAGGGAAUACCUGUCCAAAGCCUUCUCCACCCUGACCUACAGCUCCCUCUGUCUUCCGGACAAUAUCAAGGAGAGAGGUCUGGAGGACAUCCCCAACUACUUCUAUAGAGAGCAAGGAAAAAAACUCUGGAACAUCAUCAACAAGUAUGUUGACGGAGUUGUGAAGUACUACUAUCUCAGCGCUGAGGACGUGCAGAAAGACUCAGAACUGCAGGACUGGAUCAGUGAAAUAUUUAAAUUUGGAUUUCUGGAAAGAGAACAGAGUGGAAUUCCGAAGUCUUUCAGCACAGUGGACGAGCUCAUCAAGUUCGUGACGAUGGUGAUCUUCACGGUGUCGGCUCAGCACGCUGCGGUUAACAACGGCCAGUUUGAUUUCGGGGGCUGGAUGCCCAAUCUGCCGACCGCCCUCAGACUCCCCCCACAGUGCAAGAAAGGUGUGACCACAGAGGAAACCAUAUUUCAAGCCCUGCCUGAUGUCAACACUACCAUCCAUGGCAUAGCCGUUCUGUAUCUGCUGAGCAGGAAGUCCUCUGACCAUUACCAGCUUGGAAAUUUUAAGGAGGAGCUGUUCAGCGAGGCUGUACCAUGUGGCCAUAUUGAAGAAUUUAAGAAAGUUCUUAAAAUAUUAGAGGCUGAAGUUGAAAACAGGAACCAGUCCCUUGAACCUGGCUACCUUUACUUACACCCAAUAACUGUGGAUAACAGUGUUGCUCUGUAGAAUGCUGGACUGACCAGUGGGAGUCUCUGACAGUUUCUUACUCUUAUAUGCAGAAUUGAGAUAUUUUGUAUUCGUAAUGAUAAUACUUUAACAUUUUUUUCACUUUAUCUUUUGCCACUAUAUGGCAUAAACCUUUUAGUGAACUGAAAACAUGUGAGCUUGAAUUUAAUAGAACAGAUUUGAGAUUCAAAGAAGAUUUUUGUGUUCAAGUGUUCAAAAAGAGUUUCAGAGGAGGUGUGCACUGUUCCUCACCCUCCCUGUGUCGACAGCAUUGCAGUGGUACAAGGUGUCCUGAUGAGUGGGUGAGGUAAUUGGCUCAGGAUAAAAAUCUGGAUUUUCUUAAAUAUUUUAUAGUAUUUCAUCUUUACUUUAAUAUCCUGGAGAUCAGAUCAUUUUUUAUUGCAUACUAUUCACAUUACCAGUUGAUUUGGCCAGGGGUGCCCAAAUUUGUGUAUUCCACUGGAUUGAGGUUGAAAUUCUUUG